AUGUAUUUGAACAACAGAAAUAAUGCCAUCAACACACAGAGGAGUAAGAAGAACAUCAAGGGGAAAACAUGGGCUAACCUGAAGACAACCCCACGUCAGGAGGAGACCUUCACCCAGACAUCUCCAAAGGUUGGGGCAAAGUUGGAGCCGAAGAAGAACAAGACAGAGGAGCAGGAGGUGAUGCAGCUCACUGCGUUUGAGAAGGCCUUUUAUGAUCUGACUCAUUCAGAGAAGGUGAUGAAUGAUCUGACAUUUGGACGACGGGUGGGGCUUUACGAGCUAAGAGGAGAGAUUGGCUCUGGAAACUUUUCCCAAGUCAGAUUGGGGAAACAUGACUUGACCAAAGAAAGAGUUGCAGUAAAAAUCCUGGAUAAGGUGCGUCUGGACAAGCAAUCUCAGGCACUAUUCGUGUCAGAAAUCUCUUGCAUGGAGAAGCUGGCUCAUCCCAACAUAGUGCGACUGUAUGAGGUGCUGGAGACAUUCAAGAGGCUCUACCUGGUGAUGGAGUAUGCCAGCGGAGGAGAGCUGUUCUCCCGUAUCAGCACCAGGGGGCGCCUGUCAGAUCUGGAGAGCAAACUAGUGUUUUCACAGGUCCUGUCUGCAGUCAAAUACAUGCAUGAUAGUAAUAUUGUCCAUAGGGACCUGAAGGCUGAGAACAUCUUCUACACCAGCACCUACUGUAUUAAAGUGGGUGACUUUGGUUUUAGUACAUCCUGCAGCCCCAAUGGAGUCCUUAACACAUUCUGUGGCUCUCCACCUUAUGCAGCCCCUGAGCUGUUCAAAGAGAAAGGUUACGUCGGUCAGUAUGCAGAUAUUUGGGCGCUGGGUAUCUUGCUUUACUUCAUGGUGACUGCCACUAUGCCAUUCAAAGCCACUAACACAGGCAGGCUCAGGUGUUGUAUCCAGCAGGGCUCCUACGCCAUUCCUUCGUAUGUACCCAGAUCAUGUAUGGAGAUUAUUAAGGGCCUCCUGAGGCUGGUACCUCUGGACCGCCUCACCAUAAAACAGAUCAUGGACAGCAACUGGAUGAGAGGUACUGAAUACCCCGAGGCCUACCUAGCUUGUAGCCCUACACCCUACUACCUGGCUGAGUCUUCCAACAACCUCAGCUCAGAUGAAAUGAGUGUGAAGGGAGCGUUGGAGGAUCUUGGCAUCACCAAGAACCAUCUUGUCAACAACAGCGUAGACUUGAAAAGCCCCGUUACUGGGACUUACCGGAUUUUGCUGCACCGCAUCCAAAAGAGGAGGUCUGUGGAAUCUGUGGGCUACAGCCAGAGUUGCAACAAAGAGUCCCAGAACAGACUCACAUGGAGAGUAGGCUCAGACGGCAUGUUAGACAAACGGCACUCUGAGGUUUGUCUCAUCAUGUAG